UUCGUCGGGAGGAUUCAACGGUGGAGAAAAAGAGAGAUGGAGAACGCUUUGUCGACGUCGUUGUCACCGUCGCCGGCAAGUGAAGUCGCUGCGAGAGUAUCGUCUUUGUUCGUUUAUCCGAUCAAAUCAUGUAGAGGAAUUUCUUUAUCUCAGGCAGCUCUCACUCCCACCGGAUUUCGAUGGGAUCGAAACUGGUUGAUUGUGAACUCUAAAGGACGAGGAUUGACUCAAAGAGUGGAACCCAAGCUUUCGUUGAUUGAAGUAGAGAUGCCUGAGCAUGCGUUUGGAGAAGACUGGGAGCCUGAGAAGAGGUCUAACAUGGUGGUUAGAGCUCCUGGUAUGGAUGCCCUUAAGGUCUCCUUAGCUAAACCCGACAAAAUAGCAGACGGUGUCUCAGUUUGGGAGUGGUCUGGCUCCGCACUAGAUGAAGGAGAAGAAGCAUCUCAGUGGUUUACAAACUUUGUUGGGAAGCCUUGUCGACUUGUUCGUUUUGAUUCAGCCUCUGAGACUAGGCCUGUGGAUCCAAAUUAUGCUCCAGGUCACAUUGCGAUGUUCUCGGAUAUGUAUUCAUUCUUGCUUAUAUCACAGGGUUCUCUUGAUUCCCUGAAUAAGCUUCUCAAGGAGCCUGUACCGAUCAACCGAUUUAGACCCAACAUCUUUGUUGAUGGAUGUGAACCAUUUGCUGAAGACUUAUGGACAGAGAUCCUUAUAAACGGUUUCACCUUUCACGGUGUGAAACUAUGCUCCCGUUGCAAGGUACCGACGAUUAAUCAAGAAACUGGCAUUGGAGGUCAAGAGCCGAUUGAGACUCUGAGGAAUUUCAGGUCAGACAAAGUUUUACAGCCAAGGAGGAAACCACAGGGAAAGAUAUACUUUGGGCAGAACAUGGUUUGGAAAGACAGACUCGGCGAUGGAAUAGGAAAAACAAUUGAAAUUGGUGAUUCCGUUGUUGUCCUUGGAAAACUCUCCUCUCCUGCUGAAGCAGCAACCUGAAAGAACUUAGUUACUUGCAGAUCCAAGAAACUUGCAGCUUGUUAUAAAUAUAUAAUUGUGAAUCUCUCUCUCUUAUUCUUUCAUGAGAACUGUGACCACUUUUAUCAGACACCACAUUUGACCCCCAAAAGAAGCAACCACAUCAAAUAUAUUGAUUUUAUUGAA